CAACGGUCAUUGAGGACCACCGACCGUAGAAAUUAUCCGCGAGACACCGUACCGCGAAGCUCUUGCUCGCCCAAAAACCAACACCCACACGAAAAAGAAGCGAACGCGAGAAUUGCUCGAGGACGAUGGGAAGAACCCUUACCCGAUCCGAUCCCCCGCCGCUGCUUCCGCUUGGAGCGCGAAGCCCUUCGCGGUCGGCCGGAGGUCCCUUCACCGCCGCGGAGUUGGCAGCGGCGGAGCAGCUCCUACAGCUGAGCGAGAGCAGCAGCGCCGACUUGGCCGCUUCGUCCUCCUCGGCCUCCUCUUCCUCCCCUCGAUCCGUCAACAACCGGCCGCCCCCCGAGGCCGUCUUAUUGGAGGCCGAGGAGGAGGAGGAGGAGGAGACGGGUCUGCGGCGAAGGACGAAGCGGUACCGUCUGAUCGCCGAUCUGCACAUGGUCACGACGCCCAUCGACAGCUGCAGCAAAGGAGGAGGAGCGGAGAGGGGGCGCGUGUGUUGUCGAGAGUUUGUAUGGAGUUGAACUAGCCAUGGCCGUGAGAGCGCGUGUACAUAUCCUAUGUAGGCUUGCUUGAUAGGGCUUGUGAUAACAUGCACAACAUAAAUAUUAUGAACAAUAACCCUAAAAUUUCUUUGGACUUUGUUCAUGUUCCUGUUCUUGUUCUUUAUGUGGUGGCAUCUGUUUUAAACCUAGUUUUGAAUCUGUAAAACGUAAUAAGCUACAAAAGACGAAUGAUUCUGUGAGCAAGCUGUUGUUACCAGACAAAAAGCAUAAAUACAUGGUUCUAAUGAAAACAAUUCAAAAGCCAGGGAUAAGAACCGAGUAAACUGAGCUGAGAACAUUGCUCUAUAAGAAUGGUUAGAAGAUGGAACAUCGCAGAUGAUUUGCCAAUAUGCUUCCAAUUAGAUAAGACUUCAAACACCGAGUCAACACAGAACAAGUGUCAUUUACCCAGUGGUUACAGACCCGAGGGAGUUGGAGAUACUGCUGACUCCUGAGGAAUAUUAGAGUCAUUUACCCAGCAAAGGUUUUUGAAUGUUUAACUUCUGA